AUGUCUUUUCAACCGACAGCCCCCCAGCAGAUAACAUGGAUGCCAGUAGCCAUACCAACUCCAAGUACAACAUUCGUUGCGCCACGUAGUGAGAACACGGGCCGUCAUGACUUGCCAUCACAGCCUAUAAUCGCAACUGCAGCCGUGCAGCCAAGGCCAGUCCAGCAGCAGCAGCAGCAGCAGCCUCAACAGAAUUCCCGGUACCCGAGCAUCUCUGGGAAUGCCGCACUUGGCGCUCCUCGACCAAACGAUGUAAUUCAGGCUCCUACCUCAUUACUAACCUUGCACACUGCGUCUCCCACCCCGAUACCACAGUCACCUCACGCUGCUUCUUCUGGAGGAUCGUCAAAUAUCCCUAAUGCAGCACCACUGGUGGCCAGCCAACCGGGGCGAGGACGAGGCCGGCCGCCCAAACCACUGGAUCAAAUGAGCAUGUCUAAAUCCGUCGAGUCCGCCCUUGCAGACAAUCGGGGACUCUUCAAAAGAGGCAGAUACCUCAAAUCUACGUUCCAGACGAAACGCGACGUGAUCGCCUAUCUUCAAUGCCACAGAAUUGAAAUGAGACCCAAGAAUCCCAUUAGAUCACUGCCUGGCAGCCCACCACAUGAAGUCAUUGACGGCAAGACCUAUAGACCACCCUCUGCUCAGGACGCUUCCAUUUUCUUUGGUAUUCCUUCCACUACAAUCAUCAGCUGGUGGUAUAACAGGGAGAAGAUUCUCGCCAAAGGAGACACCAAGGUUUCAAAGGCCAAGGUUUACCAGAGAAAGACAAAGAAGAAGCCAGUCUCAAAAAAGUAA